CCCCCACGCCGCUUGUGACCCCGCCCCCUGCGGCCCGGCUCACGCCCACACCCACCCCGCUGGCAACUGCCACGAUGUGAGCCUCCUUCUCGGCCACCUCAACCAGCUGUCGAUGCCCGCCAUUACCUACACGUGCGCGCCUCACCCGCCCCACUCGGUCUGCCUCCCCAAGGACACCGGUCGCACGCCCCUUGCGUUUGCCUUCGAGCCCCGUCUCGUCCGCAACCACCUCCACCACCCCCUCCUCUGUUACCUCGCCGAGGGUGUGGCCCCUGGCACCCUGACCACCGGUCUCGCCGGCACCAAGAUCCAGACUGCUCGUCAGCUUCUGGCUACCGAGCGCCCCGACGGCUACCGCGCCCUCCAGGCGGUCGUCUACGGCCACCUCCUCCUUUCGCUGAACGUUCUUCUUCUUGAGGAGGCCGCGCGCAACGCCUGCAUCGACCACCGUCGUCACUGGACUCUCUCCAGCCCCUGCGGCAGCUCUAACGCCCACUCGGGCCUGGAGCUCCACAUCGGCGGCACCACGGGCGUCGCCCUCGAGGUCCACCCCACGACUGUCGUGAGCAACACGCUCAUGGACGCCGUCCUCAACGCCGUCAAGAGCGGCGCCGCCUUCGACAAGACCCGCGGCCGCGUCGUUGCCGACCCUCACGGCGACCCCUUCCUCCACGUCGACGCCCUUGCCCUCCUCACCCAGGUUAGUUUCAGGCCCUUGCUUUUCUUUUCCCCAGUUGGUUCCACUCACACACAGGUCUGGGUUCGCUUCGGCAAGCACGCUGCUAGCCACGACGUGACCAUCGCUUGGGUCGUCCUCUCGAACCUUGAGCGUUCGAUCGUCUUCCACCGUCACGGCAAGACCAUCCAGGUGUCGCACAUCAUCCACGGUAACGGCAUCAGCACCCCUCGCGACACGGUCCAGAACUUCUACUCGCUGCUCCUUGCUCUCUCGGUCCUCGAGAAGCACCACUACCACUCGACCGCCGUGACUGAGCUCGUCCAGCUGAUCUAAGUGUAUGUAGGUGAUGCGGGCGUCAGCUGACACUGAAGUCAAGGGUUCGAUCUCGCCCCGACGCCGAGACUGGGAGUGAGAUCAUAGCGACAAUCGAAGAUGGAUGAAGACUUACGGUGACGGCACCAGGAGAAGAGGUUGACAAAGGCACCUUGCAUAUAGCCCGCAUAGUUUCCCAUGCAUGUGUAUCC